UUCAUGCGAGCUCGCUAGAUUCAUCAAAAAGUCGUGUGAGGGUCUGGAGUCCUUUAUAGCAGCCCAGGCGUUACAGAAUCACAGAGUGGCCAGGGUUGGAAGGGACCUCGAGGAUCACGAAUCUCCAACUCCCCUCCGCAUGCAGAGCCACCGACCUCCACAUUUCAUACCAGCCCAGGCUGCGCAGGGUGCCAUCCAGCCUGUCCUUGAACACCUCCAGGGAUGGACGGGGCAUCCACAGCCUCUCUGGGCAGCUGUUCCAGUACUUCACCACUCAUAGCAAAGAACUUCCCCCUGACAUCCAACCUAAAUCCUCCCUCCCUCAACUUCAAACCAUUUCCCCUUAUCCUGCUGUUACAAAGCCUAUGGGCUGCAAAGCUUCUGUGAGCAUCUUCAGAGCUCAAGGUGUUGGUGACUGCUGCUCAGUGAAGUGCUCUGUGGAUGCCUGACUGCCAUGGAAGAUUACUGUUGUUUCAGGGAGAAAAAAAUCAAGAUUAAUUCCCAGAUGAUAUUGUUCAUAAUUUCUUGUUUCUGCAUCUUUCUAGCUGAUAAAAUCAGUCAGUGGAAAACAGGCUUAGAAAAUUAAGCAAGGAAUCGGAUGCACUUAAUCAAAAGGCAUUUGAUGUAACCAAAGGGCAUUUGUAUGUUAGAACACACUGUCAGUUGUUCAGUAUGUUUUUAUGUUUCCCUUUGGUGUCUGUGUGCUUCUUAGGUGGUCCAGAUGGAUGAGGUGUGUGUGAAGCUUUGAGACGUGGGCUGUUUUUGGUGGGUUCCCUUGUUGAAAUGGGUGUUGGUCGCUGUCUAGGGUUAGGGUCUGAGUUAAGGUUCAACUUAGGGUUGGGAUUUGGAGAGAGAGAGAAACCACACAUCCCCAUGUGAGUGGUGCUGGGAAGGGUCUGCCAAAGACGUUUGAUGUGUACCAGAAGCUUUGACUUGAGGUUCCCUCUGUAGGAUCCCCAGCUAGAGUAGAUGUUGGAGCUUUGAGUGGGUGGUUGUUUGAGUUGGUCUCUAUCCAGGUUUACUGUUUGGAUAAGUUUUAAUGUUUCGAUUCUGGCUAGAGUUUGAAAACCAAGUGCAUUUCUCCCAUGCAUUGGAUCUGGUCACUGUCUGGGUUCAGGGUUAGGGUUUCUAAAGAGAAAGUGCACAUCUGUUGUGUGAGUGGGGCUGUCAAAGAAGGUUGAGCUGUACCAGCAGCUCAGAUAUGCGGGCCUUUUUUGGUGGGAUCCCUACUUUGAGUGGAUGUUGGAGCUAGUCAACUAGUUUUAGGGCUCAGUUUAGAUUUUGACUGGUGUGUGAGAACUGCUAGGUCAAGGCCUAAACCAGUGACUGAGUAGCAAGUGAGAAGGUGUGGCUAACCCAGGGCACACAGGUGCAAGCAGUGCACCUGUAUGACUGGAAGUGGGUAGACCCAAGGUCUGUCCUUCCUCACUCUCAUUUGAGGGAGCAGGUUCUCUAUUUGGUGGUUGCUCCUUCUGGAGACUUUACUGGGUCUUUGGAAAGGAUAAACUUAGGUCACUUCUUAGGUCAUCUUCUGAACUAUAUCUUCACAAAAACCAAGUAUGUUUCUGUUCUGAUAGAAAGCAAUAUUGUUGCCUUCCCUUACUCUACAGCUUAGCAGAGAGAGAAAGCCCAGAGUGCCUUGUGUGUCAGUGAGGUUGGGAAGGAUCUGCCGAAGAAAAACAGGGUGUACCAGAUGCUACUUUGAAUCGUAGUUUCCCUAGUUAGUAGUUUGCACCUCUGGGUGUUGGAGCUACUCACUACCUAGGGUUAACAUUUGGGUUUGGGGAGAGGAACAGAACAGAGCCCUUGUGUGAGUGGGAUUGGGACGAGCCUGUGAAGGAAACUGAAUUGUGAUCCAUUUUCGGUGGGAUUCCUAGUUAGGUUGUGUAUCAGAGCUGGUUACUGUCCAGGGUGUGAGUUAGGGUUUUGAGAGGGAGGGGUGGUGCAAAGCUACCUUCAGAGUUUAUAGUGUUUUGUUUUGUUUUGAUGUGAGAAAUAGAGUUAUAGUUCACAUCCCCACCUAACAAUGGUAAAGUCUUCAUAUGCAUAGGUAGCCUUUGCCAUCCUGAGGUUUUUCCAGACAGUUUCUCUUACAGGGAAGUAAAGCAACUGAUUAGAAUCUUUGCAUAUGUUUUAUCUAAAAACUGGUAUGUAUAACAUGUGUGCCUGAGAUCAUCUUCUGGGUACUCAAGUAAUGGUGUUGGCAUUUCUUUUGCUUAUUUGUAAGUCCUUCUGUGUUUGUUUGUUUGUUUGUUUUUAAUUUCCCAGAUAAUUGUAGUUUUUAUGUAUUGCUCUCUUUUAAAGUAUAUUGUUUUUGCAUUUGGUGCUGACUAUGCAAAAAUCUCACGUCUUUUAGUUUUUUAGAAGUGCUUCUGAAUAUUGGGUCCCUACAGCCACGCCAAGAUGUUUUCUGCCACAUGUACAGGUCUGGAAAGGCUUUUUGGCUUUGCGUUAGGGGUGGAGCAUAUAAUGAACAGGACAGGCUCUUUUUCUGCUGGUAGGAUAGACUGAGUGGGGGAAACACUCUGGGCAAACGCUCAGAGACCUUAUUGGUUCCUUCCAUUUGAUGCGUGGGGACUUAAAUUCACUACGGGGACUGGUAGAGUGGUCUGGGAAGAGAAGAGAGCUUUCAGCUUGUUCAGAUAGGCUCUGCAAGUGGCAGAUAUAUCAGAAGGGCAUCUGAAAGUACUUGAAGGCUUUGCAGUUCAGGGGUCAGUGCUUCCUCUGAAAACCUACUGGAUGGAUUUCCAGAGCUGGUUUGCCUUCCCUGUUGGGAUACUGCUAUGCUAUACUCUUCAGGCAUCUGCCAUUCAACUUCCUGCAUCUGAAAACUGCACCAGCAAUGGUCAAAGAAUAUCCUUCAGCCAUUCCUACAAGAUUGACCUGCCCACAUCCUCCCAGAUUAAGGUAGAGGCGGAUCCAUUGCAGCACGAAGGCAGCAGUGGGGUGCAGCUAGAUCCUGGUGAGGCUGAGGAAAAUGAAGAGCAGGAUAUCAUCUUCAGGCACAACAUCCAUGUGCAUGCACCCAAAGCGAGCUGUGAAACUCUGGCCCAUGUUAAAGAUCUUCUUGAGAGGAUGGAGAAGCUAGAGAAAGAAGUUGCAGAACUGAGAGAAAUCUGCAGCCCUCAGAAGUGCUGUGGGGGAAGCCAGGGUGUCACACAGUGCAGCGGUCACGGGAUGUUCCUCUAUGAGACCUGCAGCUGUAAGUGUGCAGAGGGCUGGGAGGGCAGUGACUGCUCCCGCCCCACCUGCCCCAACCUCUGCAGUGGCCACGGGCACUGUGAUGGUGGGAGGUGUAUCUGUGAUGAGCCUUAUUUCAGUGAGGACUGCAGCCAGCAGCUCUGUCCUGAGAACUGCAGCGGCAAUGGGAUCUGUGACACAGCUAAAGGCGUCUGCCUGUGCUAUGAGGAGUUCAUCGGAGAGGACUGCAGCGAGAAACGAUGUCCCGGGGACUGCAGCGGCAAUGGGUUCUGUGACACAGGAGAGUGCUACUGCCAUGAGGGGUUCUUUGGCCCUGACUGCUCCCAGGUGCUUGCUCCUCAAAACUUGCAGCUGCUGAAUGCUACAGAGGAUUCCAUGGCUGUCAGCUGGGAUCAAAUGAUUGAUGUGGAUAAUUACCUCAUCAGCUAUUACCCAGUGGGGCAUGAGACACUGGAGAAACAAGUCCAUGUGCCCAAAGAGCAGCUCAGCUAUGAGAUUACAGGUCUCCAUCCUAGCACCACAUACAAUGUCACACUUCGUCAUGUGAAGAAGGGGAUUGCCAGUGAGCCCGUGCAACUACAAGCAACUACAGUCCCAUCUGCACUCAGUGCCAUCUGGGUGACGGAGGAGAUGGAGUAUUCCCUGGAAGUAGAGUGGGAGAACCCACCAACAGAUGUGGAUUAUUACAAGUUGAAAUUCAGAUCCCUGGUGGGCAUGGAUGAGAAGCAGGUCAUGGUGCCCAAAAGCAGUGACCCCAAGAGCAGACACAUCAUGACUGGCCUAAAACCUGGCAUGGAGUAUGAGGUUACUGUCAUACCUGUGAAAGAUGAUACAGAGGGUAAACCAUCCUCAGUGAGUGGCAGGACAGGAAUUGAUAGCCCAACCAAUGUGGUGACAGAUCGAGUGACGGAGGACACAGCCACUGUCUCAUGGAAUAAAGUUCAGGCUCCCAUAGACAGGUACAUGGUGAGAUACACCUCAGCUGAUGGAGACACCCGGGAAACAGAGGUAGGCAGUGAAAACAGCAUCAUCACCUUAUUGAAUCUGAAGCCAGGCAUGGAAUACACCAUCCAUAUUUGGGCAGAGAAGGGACCCCACAGGAGCAAGAAAGCCAGCACCAGAGCUCUGACAGAGAUUGACAGCCCCACUAAACUGUUGACUGAUCAAGUGACAGAGAAUGCAAUCACAGUUUCCUGGAACAAAGUCCGGGCUUUAAUAGACAGAUACAGAGUGAAUUACACCUCAGCUGAUGGGGAUACAGAGGAGAGAGAAGUGGAAAAAGACAAGAAUAUCACCACCUUGGCAGGACUGAAGCCAGGCAUGGAGUAUGUUAUUCACAUCUGGGCAGAAAAGGGAGAACAACAGAGCAAGAAGGCCAGCACUGAGGCUGUGACAGAAAUUGACAGCCCCACUCACCUGAUAGCUGAUCAAGUGACAGAGGACACAGUCACCAUCUCCUGGGACAGGGUUCUGGCUCUCAUAGAUAAGUAUGUGGUGAAUUACACCUCUGCCGAUGGUGAUACUGAGGAGAUAGAAGUGGGGAAGAACAAGACUGCCACAACUCUGGUAGGACUGAAACCUGGCACUGGAUAUGUCAUCUACCUCUGGGCAGAGAAGGGAGUGCGGCAGAGCAAGAGAACCAGCACUGAGGCAGUGACAGAAUUGGACAGCCCAAAGAAUCUGGUAACUGACCAAGUGACAGAAGACUCAGCCACAAUCUCCUGGGAUAGCGUCCGAGCUCCCAUAGAUAGGUAUAUCGUGAGCUACACUUCUGCUGAUGGGGGCACCAAGGAAAUAGAAGUGGGGAAGGCUGAGAGCAUUACAACUCUGACAGGACUGAAAGCAGGCAUGAAGUACGCCAUUCAUCUCUGGGCAGAGCUGGGAAGCAUGCAGAGCAAGAGGGCAAGCACUGAUGCGCUGACAGAGAUUGAUCCUCCCAGGAACCUCCAUGUAUCUGAUGUGACUCAGACUACUGGUGUAGUUACCUGGGCUCCUCCUGCAGCACAGAUUGAUGGCUACACUCUGACCUACCAGGGUCAAAAUGGCACCAGCAAGGAAGUGCAGCUGGGUCCUAGGGAACAACAGUUUGUGCUGGAAGGACUGGAACAAGGAACAAAGUACACUGUGUUUGUGAUGGCCUAUAAGGGAGAUCACCAGAGCAGAAAGACAGUCGGUACCUUCUCAACAGUUAGCUUCCUCUACCCGUACCCUGCGGACUGUGCCCAGAUGCAGCAGAAUGGAAACAUCUCCAGCGGCCUGUACACCAUUUAUCUCAAUGGCAAUGGCAGCAGGCCCAUGCAGGUGUACUGUGACAUGACCACUGAUGGAGGCGGGUGGAUAGUGUUUCAGAGGCGGAGCAGUGGUGAACUGGAUUUCUACAAACGCUGGAAAAAUUAUGUGGAAGGCUUUGGAGAUCCCACUGGGGAAUUUUGGCUUGGUCUUGACCAGCUGCACAAUCUCACAAGCAGCAGCCCCAUCCACUAUGAGCUGCGGGUGGAUCUGCGGACAGCCAACGAGUCUGCCUAUGCUGUCUAUGACUUCUUUCAGGUUGCCUCGAGCAGGGAGAGAUACAGGCUGUCCGUGGGGAAUUACAGAGGCAAUGCUGGAGAUGCAAUGACUUACCACAAUGGCUGGAAGUUCACAACGUGGGACAGAGACAAUGAUGUGGCUCUCAGCAACUGUGCUCUGACGCACCAUGGUGCGUGGUGGUACAAGAACUGCCACUUGGCCAACCUCAAUGGGAAAUAUGGGGAGAACAAGCACAGUGAGGGAGUGAAUUGGGAGCCAUGGAAGGGCCAUGAGUUCUCCAUCCCUUUUACUGAGAUGAAGAUUCGUCCUCAGUCUUCUAGUAAUGAGUCAGUCUUGGCAAGGAAGAAGAGAUCUCUACCAGGAAAAACGAAGAAGAUCACAUUUUAAAUUGUCCUCUGUGCGUGACAGCACCCGAAGAUUAUGAUUUGGUAUUUCUUAACAAAAUUAGGUUUGGAUGACUUCCUCCACUACUUUGGAAGCAGCUGCUGACCCAGCUUGGACCCAGAAGUCUCUGAAUCUGCAGCCCAGCCUGUUUCCAGCCUUUGGAGGUCCUGGUGGGUGCUCUGUCAGAGACUGGGAGGGGACUUGUGGGCAGCAUGCCACUUGUAGCUUUCCUGGUUAAACAUUACAAGGACCUGCUUGAUCCAAUGUGUGCAACUUUUAUGAAUUGUUCGUAAAACAAGCUUUAACACGUUAUUGUUUCUCAAAACCCAGCUGGCUGACUCCUGAUUUCUGUCCUUCUGACUUUUGUCCAGUUCAGACUUCAAAGAACUUCAUUUUGACCUCACUGAAAAAUGAAAUCUUUCUGAUUUACAUUAGAGAGCUUUUCUGAGACUGUUUUCUCCCUCAUCUCUUGGUCAGUGGUUCUUUUUUUCCGUUCCCCUCAUCAUUUGGAGUGCAGCACUUCUUUCUUUUUCUCCAAUCAAGGCACUGAGAUUUGGGAAAUGUUGUCAAGCUGCUGACAACAGGCCUCAUUAAUGCAAGCAAAGCCUGUAGUCUGGGUUCCUCAACCUCCAAUACAACAUCUUUCCAGGGUAAUAUCCUGAUAUAUAUUUAGCUUGUUUCUUCUUAUUUCCCAGCCAAAGAAAAGCCUGAGGAGACAUGCAGUAAAGAAAUGUUCACACUCCCAGGUGGUGCCCCAGAGAAGGUAAAUGUAAGGGCUACUCUCCUCCAAGCGUGUCUCACAAUCACAAACCUCUGUAUAAUCCUUGCUCGAUACAGACUGUGAAGAAAAUUCUCCAUGUGACCAUCCCAUCUGCCAGCCUCUGCUUUUUCAUUAGCAGUGUAGAUAGAUAGCGAUGUUGAAAAGGUAAUGUUUGUCAUCCAGCCCUAAAAUUAGCAUCACAGAACUAAAUGGACCUGCACACUCUCCCUUAGGCUUUUCUUUCAGGGUGUCUGGAGAUUCAGGGAGGCUCCAGUAGCUGUUUUCACAUUUAGCUGUUUUCUUUAUGGUCUGAGGAAAAAAAAAAAAGAAGUCUUACUUUCUCACUCUGAGCAGAUAUUUAAAUUCUGGACCACCAGCCUCAUGCAGGGGAGAAAUAGGAACUCACCAAAUGAUGCUUACUUAAAGGCUUGCUUGUCUGAGCAGAUUGGAACAUGAUUGUCCUAUGCUUUAAUGGCUUUUUCUAUCCCAGUGCUAAGCUGACUAAUACAUUUUAAA